AUGUGGCAGCCAGCGACCGAGGUGGAAGAGCAGUAGUUGCCCUAAUCCAUCUGUAGUGAGACCAUUUAGACCUGUCACACUGUGUUUAGCCAGCCUCUAUUGAAGCAUACACUAGAUAUAGUUGUCUUAAAAAUCAUGGAAUAGGUAGUUGCCUACUUUAUCCAGUUUUAGGAUCCCUGCCCCCACCCUAUAGUUACAUUCUCUAUAAAAUGAGAGUCACAAACUUGGCACACUGUCACACUAUGCAAUCGUUACACUGUUUUAACCAUCUGCUACCCAUGUGUUUUGUGACAGUGGGCUUUGCUUCUGUUCUGACCAAAUAUGCUAACAACACACCACACUAUAAGCUAAGGCUAUCCACCUCUCCAGAUCCCUCACGCUCGCCCUCCUCUCUUUAGCUUCAAUUCAAUCUAGGCCUAAGGCACCUUUUGACUUGUUUUAGACUGCUCUUUUGGAUAAAGGGAAGGGAAGAAUGAAAAGUGGUGUUCACAUUGCCAGAGUAUAUGGUAAAAACAGACUCAUCAAAACAAGUCCUCUCUCACACCCUCACUCAUUAUGUGGUCCACAUAAUCUAUCUUAGCCAUUAACCCACUGUCUCCCUCCCUCCCUCCCCCCUCUUUCACGCUCUCUCUCCCUCCAUAUUUCCAUUUCACCUCUCUCUUUCCAUCUGGAGAGCUUCAAUUGCGAGGAGAAACUGAGAGCGUACUGAUAGUGCUGCUAUAGUCUGCAGUUCAGCUUUGAGGAAGUCUUGGCUAUUAUGAAAGCUGGUCAGUGGGGAAAGAGGGUCUGGCCUUUUGAUCACACCAUGAUGAGGACACUGUGUGUGUGUGUGCGUUUUUUAUUCCUCACCCUCUCUUCCUCUUCCUUUCACUGAGGGCAGCGAUGCUGGGUAAUGUGGGCAAGGUGUGUUAAAGCCAAGGGUGUGUUAACUAUUUGAAGCACUCUUUUGUUCGAGGUUGUAAAGAUAUGUGUCGUAACCUGCUGUUUUCUUCCUCUCUCCGUCACAGGGCAGUGAUGCCGGGUAUGGUGAUGUUUCGGCGGCGCUGGUCAGUUGGCAGUGAUGACCUAGUGCUGCCCGCCCUCUUCCUCUUUCUACUACACUGCGUCUGGUGAGUACUGCGUUUGGAUGUUUCUCUCUGUGAGUGUAUGUUCCUGUGUCUGUCUGUUGCGGUCAGGAGUCCCCGCACCAAGCGAAAAGUUUGAAGCUGUAUAUGAGAUGAAAUUCUUACCCCCAAAAAUGUUGUGUCAUGCCCCUCUCUCCCCCUCCCCUGCCAGGCUGGUGGUUCUGUCUGUGGUUCUGUUCGGCCUGCCCUAUGGCUCGGACCAAUCCUGCUCAGUCACCCUGGUGGACCAUGGUCGGGGGUACCUGGGCAUCCUGGUCAGCUGCCUGAUCUGUGAGAGCGCCAUCAUGUGGCUGAGUAUGAGAGGCAGCAUCCUCUAUACACAGCCCAGAGAAGCUGUGCAGUAUGUCCUCUACAUACGACUAGGUAAGACACACCAGCAUGUUAUCACAAACACACUAUAUAUAGUCACACUUAAAAUAUACUCCACCUGUUCUCAUAAUAUCCUGUCUAAUUUCACAAUAUUGAGUAAUGUUGUUUCCCUGUGUUUCACUCCCCUCUCUGCUUUCUCUCUGUCAGCCAUCCUGUUGGUGGAGUUGGUAUAUGCAGUCGUGGGGAUCGCCUGGCUUUUCCAAUACUACCAACCAUGCUCUGAUGUCACUGCCAAGAACCUUGCUUUGGGUGAGUUAGAGACGGAGCAGCAAUCAAUAGAAGAAGCAUGUUGGAGACUAGAGUAAUCUUCAAAGAGAACAAGGACGGACUUGUAUAACAAAGUAAUGGAGUAGAAAGGCACGAGCAUGUGUAGCUUUUCCUACACUCUUGCGUGGUUCGUUAUCAAGAACACAAUGUAUCAAAACUAUCCUGUCUUCACCCUGUCUCCCCCAGGGAUUGUGGUGUGCAAUUGGCUGGUGAUCUUCAGCGUGUGUUUCACCCUCAUGUGUACCUUUGACCCCACGGGACGCACCUUUGUCAAACUGAAAGCCACCCGGCGACGCCAACGCAACCUCACCACCUACACCCUCAGGUUGGUACCCUCUUCCCUGCAUACUAUCAUCUGUACACCCUUAGGUUGGUACGAUCUGCCCUACACACUACCAUCUCUAAACCCUCAGGUUGGUACCUUCUGCCCUACACACUACCAUCUCUACAGAGUAUACCACCUACACCCUCAGGUUGGUACCCUCUGCCCUACACAUUACUACCCUCUCUGCCCUACCCUGACCACACCCAGCACAGCACACUAAGGUAACCAUCCUGCCGUGCCUCCCUUCCUCAGACACAGGCUAGAGGAGGGCCAAGCCAGCAGCUGGAGCAGGAGACUGAAGUUCUUCAUGUGCUGCACCCGAGCCCAGGACACACAGUCUGUGAGUGAAAUAGAAUUAAUGUUCCUCUAUCCAUCACUCAACUUCCUAUAUGAUACAAGCUAUUCAGUGAUAAUCAACGGUUUUGGUUAGGAUCUGUUCUUGUGGUUAUUCAUGGUUCAACCUCUAUCUUUCCUCUCCUGUUAGGAUGCGUAUUCUGAGGUGGCCAGCCUGUUUGCAGAGUUCUUCCGAGAUCUGGACAUUGUGCCUAGUGACAUCAUAGCUGGCCUGGUGCUGCUUCGCCAGAGACAGAGGUCCAACAGAGGUGCCAUUCUGGACCAGGUAACAGGGGAUGGGGACCAGUGUGGAGAGAGAGAGCGAGGGAUGGGGGGGAAGGUAAAAUGGUGACACUUUUUUUGGUUACUACAUGAUUCCAGGUGUGUUAUUUCAUAGUUUUGAUGUCUUCACUAUUAUUCUACAAUGUAGAAAAUAGUAAAAAUAAAGAAAAACCCUGGAAUGAGCAGGUGUGUCCAAACUUUUGACUGGUACUGUAGUCUUACUAGUACUGUAUAUUCCAAUAUGUGAAAUUGUGUGAUGUGUGUUGUUUUUCUCCCUCAGGCCAACAAUGACAUUUUAGCCUUCUUAUCUGGAAUGCCUGUAACUCGCAACACCAAAUACCUGGACCUUAAGAACUCGGUGAGUUUGUGUUCGUGGAUUUAUAUUGAACCUCUAAGGCAGCAGUGUAGCCUCUGUCUCUCUGUUUGUGGAUGUAUUUUUAACAUUGUGUGUGUGUGUCCCUCAGACGGAGAUGGGCAUGUACAAGGAGGUGUGUUACUACAUGCAGUUUGCCCUGGCCGCGUACGGCUGGCCCAUGUACCUGAUGAGGAAGCCUGCGUGUGGGCUGUGCCACCUGGCCAGCUCCUGCCAGUAAGUCUGCCUGCCUCCCUGGCGGGCUCCCCGCCUCCCAUCCCAUGCACUUACACCGGUUUCACAUUUCACAUUCAUCAGCAUUGACAAAGUGGUAAUCCACUGGGACAAUAACACUCUGGUCAGACCCCACUCUCUGACACAGUGGGUAAACAAUGGAGCACUGACACACAGCGUGUUCCACUCCACUGUUCAGACAAAACACUGAACCACGCACUAACCACUUGACUAGUGAUACAAAUACCUAAAUACAGUGAAUCACACAGAUAUGUUUGUGUUUUAGACUCACACACUCAAUCUAAGGACCUAUUGAAGUAAUCUCUCUCCAUCUCUCCCCUUUCUCGCUCUCUCUCUUCCUCUCUUUAUUUCCCUCAUCUCUGUGUGUCUGUCCUCUACUCUCUCUCCCUCCAUCUCUCUCUCAGCUGUACAUCAGGGUCUGGCUCUAGGCUGUCCCAGACAGUGACGGUGGAGGAGGAUAACUGUUGUGGCUGUAACGUCCUGGCUAUCCGCCGCCACUUCCUGGACAGAGAGCUGAAGCAGGUCCACGUUGUCUACACAUCCUGGCACGACGCGGUGAGUAGAGUACCCAACGGAAGGGUGACCGACUUAGGGGUCAGGCGUCAGUCUGGACAAUUACAAGGCAUGACUAGAACACAGCAGAUACAACAUGGAGUGUUCGUAGAAGCAAUUUUCACUGUACAGAUGAACAAGUGUAUGAUUUCUCAUAUUGUCUGUCAGGCAGACAUUUUCUGAAUCCCUCUCCUUGGAAUUGUUUCUCUUAAUGACUCCUUGAUGAUAUAUUGCACUUAGUGCCCCCCAAUAAUAGAUGUAAUAUAACACCUUUUAUAAACUGGGUGGUUUCGAGCCCUUAAUGCUGAUUGGUUGACAGCCGUGGUAUAUCAGACCGUAUACCACAGGUAUAAGUGACAAAACAUUUAUUUUGACUGCUCUAAUUUACGUUGGUAACCAGUUUAUAAUAGCAAUAAGACACCUCGGGGGUUUGUGGUAUACGGCCAAUAUACCACGGCUAAGGGCUGUAUCCAGGCACUCCGUGUUGCAUCAUGCUAAGAUCAGCCCUUAGCCGUGGGAUAUUGGCCAUAUACCACACCCCCUUUGGCCUUAUUGCUUAAAUAUUGCAUUGCUCUGUACCAAGGGAAGUAAAUCACACUGCCAAUUGGCUGGCUGGACAAAUAUCCCAAUCACAUACAAAAUAUUACACCUGUUAAUUAUUUUCCGUUUGCAGAGGGAAGUUGCCAUAGCGAGAGAGCACUCAAAACACACUGAUUUGUAAAGCAGACUUCUCUGUUAACUAGGCCAAGUCUGACUUUCCAUCCAUUAAAGCACACCAUGCAGGCUAGCUAGCAGGAGAGUGGAGGGUCUGGAGUCUGCAGACACACCAUGCAGGCUAGCUAGCAGGAGAGUGGAGGGUCUGGAGUCUGCAGACACACCAUGCAGGCUAGCUAGCAGGAGAGUGGAGGGUCUGGAGUCUGCAGACACACCAUGCAGGCUAGCUAGCAGGAGAGUGGAGGGUCUGGAGUCUGCAGACACACCAUGCAGGCUAGCUAGCAGGAGAGUGGAGGGUCUGGAGUCUGCAGACAACCAUGCAGGCUAGCUAGCAGGAGAGUGGAGGGUCUGGAGUCUGCAGACACACCAUGCAGGCUAGCUAGCAGGAGAGUGGAGGGUCUGGAGUCUGCAGACACACCAUGCAGGCUAGCUAGCAGGAGAGUGGAGGGUCUGGAGUCUGCAGACACACCAUGCAGGCUAGCUAGCAGGAGAGUGGAGGGUCUGGAGUCUGCAGACACACCAUGCAGGCUAGCUAGCAGGAGAGUGGAGGGUCUGGAGUCUGCAGACUCGCAUCACAGAGAGUUAGGCAAGGACACUCCAUGAUGGAAGUCAUCAUUAUAGUCCUUGGCUGUUUCAUCUGCGAUGUCUUUGAUUGAUGUGUGUAACUAAAAGAAAUAGAUUUAGCUGCUACCUCUCUCACUAUGCUCUCUCUCCCCUUCAUAGGUUUACGAGACACCUUUCUUUGUGGCUGUGGAUCACGGGAAAAAGAAAGUUGUCAUCAGCAUUCGAGGAACCCUGUCCCCCAAAGUAAGACACCACACACUGUGACACAGUGACAAACCAAUGACUCACAAGUGACUGACCAGAGAGUAAUCUAACUACCAUGGUUAUGUACCAAAUGGCAACCUAUUCCCUAUAUAUUGCAACACUUUUGACAAGAGCUUCUGGUCAAAAGUUGUGCAUGUAGUGUUUAAAAAAAGAGAGAGGGUGAUUGCAUCUCCCAAAAAGACUGCAACAACCUACACAGUCCACUAUAUAGGUCAAAAGGUGCUAUUUGGGAUGUAAGUGAAUUACCAGAUAGUCACCUAAGUCCAUGUAAGUCAAUCAUGGAGCACAAUAAAAUGUUUUGCAGUACAACAACUUUCAGUGCAGUUAAAUUCCUUGCAGUUCUAUGACAUAGAAUCUUUCCAUUUUCAACUGAACUCCCACACCCCCUCUCUUGUUGGCUAAGCAUUCUCUUGGCUCAAAUUUGCUCACGAAAAACAGCACUGAACUGUGCAGGAAGUACUGUAAAAUCACUAUACUCUGCAGCACGAUUUCUUUAACAGUGUCCAAGGAAAGGAGACUAUUAUUUAUCUGGAGCAGGAAGAAAAUGUGUUGCACUUGCUAGCAGUGUUCAGAACUCCCCUUGAUCAUGUGUCAACCCAUCUAUUUAAAAUGGCACGGUUAAUUUUCUCACAGCAAAAUAGUUUUUUCUUUACUUGAGGAAAUGGAGCCCAUUCUCUCUCUCUCUCUCUCACUCACUCACACACACACACACACACACACUCUAUCUCUCCUGUCUUUCAUCUUUUGUUUUCACCUCCUCCACUUAAAGACAUGCUCCAGUACUUUGGCAACUAAGAAAGUAUUUUUUAAACCUCCUGCUUUGGGCUAGAUGUGUCAAUGUGUAGUUUAUACAUGCAUAAUCUAUGAGCAGAAUUACAGUCUUACCUCAAUUAGCCAGGAAAUCCCUCGUUUGAAAGCGACUGUUUUCUUGAAGCUGUGCCAUGCCAUUUUCUCGACAUUUCCCCCAAUGUAGCCCAGCCCCCUAGCAAUUCGAGUUCUGGCCAAUAAGUUCAGCCCCUCGCAUUUGAAAGGGAAAGGGGAUACCUAGUCAGUUGUACAACUGAAUGCAUUCAACCGAAAUGAGUCUUCCGCAUUUAACCCAACCCCUCUGAAUCAGAGUCCUGGCUGCCUUAAUUGACAUCUGCCUUGCUCAAGGGCAGAACAGCAGAUUUUUCCACCUUGCCAGCUUGGGAUUCAAACAAGUUACUUUUCGAUUACUGUCCCAACGAUCUAACCACUAGGCUACCUGCCGCUGCGUGACCGCUAGCAGAGGCCUGCCCAGUGUUAUCCAAUGAGGUUGUAGGGAGAGAGAGCGAGCAAUGACGUGGUGCACAUAUCUGCACAUAUGUGAAGUAGUACGCAGUUUUUGGGGACCACCUUUGGCUCAUGAGUGCUACUUUCAGAACUAGUGGCUAAAAAGUAUAGAAAAGUACCAGAGAAUAUAUUUAAGUGCAUGUAAUAGUAUCAGGACAUGUUUUCUGUGUGUGUGUGUGUGUGUGUGUGUGUGUGUGUGUGUGUGUGUGUGUGUGUGUGUGUGUGUGUGUGUGUGUGUGUGUGUGUGUGUGUGUGUGUGUGUGUGUGUGUGUGUGUGUGUGUGUGUGUGUGUGUGUGUGUGUGUGUGUGUUAGGAUGCCCUGACUGAUCUCACAGGGGACUCUGAGCGUCUGCCAGUGGAGGAGCAGCAUGGAAACUGGUUGGGCCACAAGGUGAGAAUGCACUCACAUUCACCCAGCCAAACCUAGUCCAAUCAGAGGUUCCCUUGGGUGUCUCUUCACCCUCUGUUACAAGCCAUCCCCAAGAAAUAUUAGUAUAAUGUGCUCCCAAAGCACAGGGGCCAUUUCACCUCUCAAAAGUGGAGUGAUUUAUAGAUGUAAAAUGAGUGGAUAUUAAAAUAACUGAAUGAAGAGGCUGAUGAGAAGCAAAGAUUAAUGGAAUGUAACAGUCUGCCUCUCUCUCUCUCUCUCGCUCUCCCCUAUUCCCUCCCUUCUUAUCUUCCUGUCUCAGGGGAUGGUUUACUCAGCAGAGUACAUUAAGAAGAAACUGGAGCAGGAAAUGAUCUUGUCACAAGCCUUUGGGAGAGACUUGGUACAUGAGUGAUGAAUAUGUGGAUAUGUCUCUGUGUGGAGUGUGUUAGAAAGGAUUUGUGUAUAUUGGUUGAAAUGUAAUAUGUUUGAAUAACUAACACUUUCAUGGGAACAGAGCCUUAGAAGAAAAUAUAAGAUUUUGUUGAAGGGUGUGCGUGUAUACAAGUAUAAUCCUAAUCUGUGUAGAAAGGAUUUGUGUAUAUUGGUUGAAAUGUAAUACAUGUUUGCAUAACUAACACUUUCAUGGGAACAGAGCAUUAGAAGAAAUAGAAGAUUUUGUUGAAGGGUGUGUGUGUGUAUAUACAAGUCUAAUCCUAAGGUUUUUCUCAGGGUAAGGGAACCAUGCACUACGGGCUGGUGAUAGUGGGACACUCCCUUGGUGCUGGUACUGCAGCCAUCCUUUCCUUCCUGCUCCGCCCCCUGUACCCCACACUGCAGUGCUACUCCUACUCUCCACCAGGUGGCCUUCUGAGGUAACUACGGCCUUCAUCAUUGUCAUCAAACUAUACGGUAGAUGUAGUUGCUCGGCCCAUUGCUUGUAGCCACUUGUAGCUAUUGCAACAGGACAGGAAGCACCAAGACCUACUCGGAUCAAGAAAACUUUGCAUCAGACAUCCAUAUCCCAUUGCUUAUACAGCCUGGAAUUGCAUUGGGAAAGAAAUGACCUAUAGUAUACAAAACUCGCACACUGAAACGUCCAGCCUUCACCAGUCAUAAGAUCACUGUGUAACAUGUCCAUGUGUGUCUUUCAGUCCCCUCAAACUGGAUUUGCAAUGUAAAUCAUGGUGUAAAAGGUUGUGUGUGAACAUAUGACAUGUUCCAGUGCUCUGCCAGUCCAGUGCUGUUCUGAGAUGAGGUAAUUUGUGGUUAGAACUGGUUCUAGACUGUCUGUGCUGAUCAAAUGAGGUAGAGGCCUUUUGUCAAGUCCUCCAGUUUCUAGGCUAUAGCAUAAAGCAGGGAACUCAGAAGCACCAUCUCCGUAUACACCAGGGAUUUCUGUGCUGAGAUCUCUUUUCUUCUUCAUAUUUGUCAGUCGUGACUCUUGAUCUAGCCCGUUUGUCUCUGAUCUCUAUUGAUAUUGAUUAGAUCCGAUAUAAAUGUAUUCCCUUUUAUGACACCGAUGUCGAGAUCUUGGAUGCUUUUUAUCGAAGGGCAACUCAUCGCGGGCCUUGAUGCCUCUACACAUCGACGUUUGCUGUGGGGAGACGUUGAAUUAUUUAGCCAGAUGGAAUGAGAUCAGACUGUGUGUGGAAAAAAUCUGGUUGGAAAUUCAGCAGCAAAAAUUUCAGUGGUGACGGAGGGAAAGAGAUCGGGGAAGGAGAAGAGUACACCACAUUCUUACUAGACAAACACAUUGUUUUUCUGACCCACCCUUCCUUUUUUCACAUCUUCUUUCUCUUUUUGUGUCUCUGACUUUCUUCUUCUCCUCUUGUUGUUUCUACAGUGAGGAUGCCAUGGAGUACUCCAAAGAGUUUGUCACCUCUGUCGUUUUGGGAAAGGACCUUGUCCCAAGGUAUGCCAUCUAUGUAGAAACCCCUCCGAUCUCAAGUAUCAUAUCUGUCAUGGUGUACAGUUGUACUCUGUAGUGGUCCUCUGUAGCUCAGCUGGUAGAGCACGGCGCUUGUAACGCCAAGGUAGUGGGUUCGAUCCACCCAUACACAAAAAAAACAAAACAUGUAUGCACGCACGACUGUAAGUCGCUUUGGAUAAAAGCGUCUGCUAAAUGGCAUAUUAUUAUUAUUAUUAUUAUUAUUAUAUUACUCAUUUCUCUGCUGCUUGUCUCUAUUAGGAUUGGUCUCUCUCAGCUGGAGGGGUUUCGGCGCCACCUGCUGGAAGUUUUACAGAAGAGCGACAAGCCAAAGGUAGCGCAUGUAUUUCUAAUAAGAUAGCAAAGUGUGUGUGUGAUCAAGCUCCGUAUAUUCUACAGAAAUGAAGCAUCAACACUAUGCUCUAACCGCUAUCAGUAUAGGUUGUAACUGCUGAUAUCUCUCUGCCAGUGGAGGAUCAUUGCAGGGGGCACUAAGUGCAUUCCUAAGUCCGAGCUGCCUGUGGACGACGGCCCCCAGCCCCAGGCGGCCCCCGUGCCCCCCAGCACCCGUCUCUGGCUGCACCCCAGUGAUCUCAGCAUCGCCCUGUCAGCCUCCACCCCCCUCUACCCCCCGGGCAAGGUCAUCCACGUGGUCCACAACCACCCCUUAGAGACAUGGUAAGAGGCCUGGUAUUACAAUGAUGGCACAAUAAAGUUUAUUAGUCACAUGCACAGGGUCGCAGAUGUAAUUUCAGGGUACAGUGGAAUCCUCUUUGACCAACAAUGCAGGUCAAAGAGAAGUGGGUGAAACAAUAACACAAAUAAUAAUAGUAGUAAUACUAUAUAGUAGUAAUAAAAAGUAAAAUAAUGGAAUGGAAAAAGAUCACAGGAUAGCAUAUACUGUAUAUAUACACAUAUUUACAGCUAGUUUUAAAUUCUAUACAGCUGCUGCAGUUAGAAGUGUGUAAACAAGGAUAUUGUCCAUAGAGUGACGAGUGAGUAACAAGGAUAAAUGUCCAUUGGGGGUUGAGGGGGUGCAGGGGAGGGAGGGGCGGGUGGAUAAAUGUCCAUUGGGGGUUGAGGGGGUGCAGGGGAGGGAGGGGCGGGUGGAUAAAUGUCCAUUGAGGGGGAGGUAAAAUGUCCGCGGGGGGUAGGAAGUCCGGGGGGCAGGAGUGGGACAGGGGGAGUAGGUAGCUGACUAGUGGUGGCUAUUCAGCAGCCUGAUGAUCAGGGGGUAGAAGCUAUUGGCCAGUCUGUCAGUUUUUGCCAUGAUGAUCCUAUAUUGCCCGCGUCGGAGUGAUGAAAUCGAGGAGAACAGGCAGUGGCUCGAGUGGCUGAGGUCCCUGAUGAUCGUCUUGGCCUUCCUGCGACACCUUGUGUUUUAGGUGUCCUGGAGGGCAGUCAGUGUGCAUCCGAUGGUGCGUUCGGCUGAGCAUACCACCCUCUGUAGAGCCUUGCGGUCAACGGCGGUGGAGUUGCCGUACCAGGCUGUGAUACAGCCCGACAGUAUGCUCUCUGGUGCUCCUGUAGAACACUCUGAGGGCCCUCGGGGACAGUCCAAAUUUCUUCAGCCUCCUGAAUUUGAAGAGUCGCUGUCGUGCCUUCUUCACCACGGUGUCCGUGUGGUUUGACCAUUUCAGCACCUUGGAGAUGUUUACGCAGAGGAACUUUAUGUUUUUGACCUUCUCCACGGUGGCCCUGUUGAUGAGGAUGGGAGUGUGCCCAGCCUGGUUCCUCCUGAAGUCCACAAUCAGCUCCUUUGAUUUGCUGACGUUGAGGGAGAGGUUGUUUACCUGGCACCAUGCCGUCAGAAUAACCUACCUCCUCUCUGUAGGCCAUCUCGUCUUGGUUGGUAAUCAGGCCGACUACUGUUGUGUCGUCAGUGAACUUGAUGAUGGAGUUGGAACUGUGUGAGGCCACGCAGCCGUGGGUAUAGAGGGAGUACAGGAGAGGACUGAGGACGCACCCAUGUGGGGUUCCCGUGUUGAGGAUCAGUGUGAAGGAGGUGAUGUUGCCUAGCUUCACCACCUGGGAGCGGCCCGUCAGGAAGUCCAGGACCCAGUUGCAUAGGGAGGAGUUCAGUCCCAGGGCUGAGAGCUUUGUGGUGAGCUUAGUGGUAUUGAAGGCCGAGCUGUAGUCGAUGAACAGCAUCCUCACAUAUGCAUUCCUUUUGUCCAGGUGGGUGAGGGCAGUGUAUACUACCAAUCAGUUUAGUACACCUCUAGUGUGAUAUGUUUCACGCUGAUUGGAAAUAAACUGUACUAGGGAAAAGGCUGGCUUUACUCAGACAUUACUUUUGAUAUAAAUGUGCAUGCAUAGAAAAGUUUGUGGUUAUACACACAUCCUUAAAAACAUAGGUGGUGGGCUAAUAAAGAAUACUAGUAUAGAACAAGAAGGCCCGCACACUGUUAAAGCUCCCAAUUCACCACUUUAUUGAGAACGUUUCGAUCCGAAACUGAUCUUCGUCAGGUCAAACAAACUGAGUGCUCACAUCCCAAAAUAUACAGAUUUCACCUCACAUGACGCAUGGUGGGUGCAAAAAACAUUUGUGUAUCUCUAAUAAUUUAAUAACAAUGAGAUGGGUACAUGUAGUGGUUCCAGAAAAUAAUAUAUAUUUACAAAAUGACCAAGUGGGUAACCUGGAAGGCAAGAAAAAUCUAAGUAAAGUGACAUAUUCAUGUAGGAAAUGGUCUGAUAUCAAACUCUUGGUUCAGACCUCUAGGAGACAUGGUACACAAACGGUGAAUCCAAUACAAUUCUCUUCUCAAUAAUAGAUUAUCAGUAUCUCUGCCCCUCCUAGGAGUCUUAACAUGUUCGAUGCCAAUGUAUCUCAAAGAGCUAAUGUUGUGACGAGCCUCCAUGAAAUGCACAGCCACAGGGUUUCUCUGGUCAACAUUAACAUUACAUUAACGUCAUUUAGCAGACGCUCUUAUCCAGAGCGACUUACAGUUAGUGAAUACAUAUUUUUUUAUACUGGCCCCCUGUGGGAAUCGAACCCACAACCCUGGCGUUGCAAACGCCAUGCUCUAUCAACUAAGUUACAUCCCUGCCGGCCAUUCCCUCCCCUACCCUGGACGACGCUGGGCCAAUUGUGCGCCGCCCAUGAGUCUCCCGGUCGCGGCCGGCUGCGACAGAGCCUGGAUACGAACCAGGAUCUAGUGGCACAGUUAGCACUGCGAUGCAGUGCCUUGGACCACUGCGCCACUCAGGACAAGGGUCCUGAUAUUACUCCUGUGUUCUGCUGUCCUUGUUUUCAGAGCUCCUUUUGUUUUAGCUACAUAGCAUAGACCACAAAUACACUUCAUCAGGUAUAUCACAUGUUUUUGUGAAACAACAUGUAAUGAUGCCCUUAAUCUUAAUGCCCUUUCCCAUGAUAGGGUGAUUGAACAUUGUACAUUUGUUUGAAGUUACACUGGGUACAUCUGCCACAUCUAUAGUUACCGUCCGGAACAUUGUCUAGAAAGGUACUGCGUGGCACUAGUGGAAGAUCAGGCCUCAACAUCAUUUGACUGAUGUUGGGGGCGCAUCUGAAGACUGUAUACUGUGUAUACUACCAAUCAGUUUAGUACACAUCUAGUGUGAUAUGUUUUACUCUGAUUGGAAAGAAACUGUACUAGGGAAAAGGCUGGCUUUACUCAGACAUUACUACUGGUAUAAACGUGCAUGCAUACAUCAUUUUGCUGCGUAUAUAAUUUAGCUGACACUUCUCUGACCCCCCCCCCCCCCCCCCCCUCUGUGUGUAGCUGUGGACAGGAGGAGCCCACCUACUCAGCUCUCUGGGGGGAUAACAAGUCUUUCAACGAGGUUAUCAUCUCCCCUGCCAUGCUAAAUGAGCACAUGCCUCACAUGGUGAUGGAGGGACUCAACAAGGUCUGUGGAUAUAAUAUAUACACUGUACAUGUCUGUCUGGGUUUCCUUUGGGUGUUGGAUGGGAUGAGUGGUGGUUUCCUGUAGAUAAAAUGAGAUUGUAGAGGUCCUGGUCAGAUGCUCUGUUGGAGAAGGUGACAGAAUAAGGUAGCGGGGCACUGGUGAAAUGCACUGAGGGAAAUAUCAAUGAAUCAAACAUCAUUCAUACUCUGAGUUGGCAGGUGACGACACUGGAUGAAUGUUCUAUGUAUGGAUGUUUUUGUGGGUUUCUGUCUGUAAAAGCUUUCCUAACAAUUGUAUGUUUUCAAUUAAUAGUUAGAACUAACCUCAUGUUUUCUUGUGCUGCUCUAGUGCUGUAGCUGGGGAAGGUGCUGUUCACUGACGGUGUGCUGGAUGUUGUCUGGUCUGCUCCAUAGGCACUACAUGCUUAGGCUAUACUGGGGUUCCUCUGAUGGAACUGCAUUAGUGUUGGAGUAUGUCUGCUGUGUGGGGGGUAUUGGUGUAAGCAUGGUGUUGUGUGAUUGAAACUGCAGUGGUGUGUUUGUAUGUCUGUGUGAUACUUAUGAUGUCUCUGCAGGUACUGGAACCAUUUGGUCUCAGUUCUGAGCAGGCAGAGGCAGAGCCAGUGGAGAUGGAGGAUGAGGGCCAACCAGCCAGCACUGUGGUGGUCAUAACCUCUGAAACAGAGCUGCCCUCUACCCCUCUGCUUUCAGAUACCUCCUCUAACGCCCACAAAGACUCACCCUCUACCUUUCCUCUUUCAGAUAGCUCUUCUGAUACCAAGAAAGACCCACUCUGUUUCUCUCCUCUUUCAAAUACAUCUUCUGAUACCCACAAAGACCUUUCCUCUCCCUCUUCUCUUUCAGAUUGUCCCUCUACCCCCAAAAUAGAGCUGCCAUCUACCCCCCCUCUUACAGAUACCCCAUCUGUUCCCCAAACACAGCUUCACUCUACCCCUCCUCUUAUAGAUAGUCUUUCCCCCACUGAACCAUCAAAUACCUCCCCCCACAUAGACCAACCCGCUAUCUCCCUCAUAGACCAACCCGCUAUCUCCCUCAAAGACCAACCAGCUAUCUCCCACAUAGACCAACCCGCUAUCUCCCACAUAGACCAACCCUCUAUCUCCCAAUUGUCGAAUGGCCCCUCAACUCAGAAAACUGACUUGUCCUCUACACCUCUGUGUCACACCCACUCUCUUCCCCUCAAGCAUCAAGUACCCUCCAAACAGACCUACCCUUUCCCCCCACAAUCAUGACAGACGGACCCCCUCUACUCCUCUUACAGGUGUUCCCUGCAGUACCCUACCACCAACCCACUCUGAACCUGUACUAUCCAAUACCCCUACAUCCCCUCCAAGUAGACUCUUCAAAUACACCAUCCACCACCCUCCCACUACCUAUCCCAAAUCCUCUGGUGUAAUGUUACAGCCUCUACCUCUCCUUUCCAGCUCACAGUCCCCCUCUGCCUCUUCAGUCUUACAAACCCUGUCUUACUCUUAGCUUCGCUCUAGCUUCAAAUUGUUCUGAUUGAGAAAUCACCACACACCCUACUUACUAACGCACACUUUUAUCUCUAGAUGCAGUGUGGUUUCCAUGGUUACCCCCAUUUCUCCAACACUAACCCCUCCUCAUUAUUCCUUGUGGCCUCCUGCUGUUCUUAAUUGGCAGCUCAAGGUGUCCUGAGUAAGGAGGACGUGCUAAGCUUCUCAGAGUCCUCUGAUUCCCCCACAGUUCCCCCACAGUUGGCAUGAUGGCACAAACAGACCGGCAACCAGGCUACUGUAGACCGUGUUGUCAUAUCAAAUAGAUUCUAAUGGUCUGGUUUUAUAUUAGAUUAGAGUAGCCUGUUACCUGACAGUGAUGACUACUUGUACAGAUUGACCAGCCUGAAAUAACCCCCCACCAAUCAGACCAGUUGACUUUAUAUUAGUGAGAUGAUGGAGCACUAAGCUAGCCCUCGUUUAUGCUAAAUUCAUUGAUGUAAUUUGUCAAAAGAUAAAUUGGCUUAAUACUCUAUCUCAAUGUGUUUGUUAAAAAGAGGGAGGACGUGCUUGUCUAUUAGUCAUGGGCAGUGCUUGACUUGGGCAGGAGCUCACCAGAGAUGAAUACCUGCACCUCAAAUGUUCUACUGCUUGAGCUCCUUUUCCUAGCUCACAAGUACUGUGGAGCUCCUGCACCUAAAUGUAAACAGUACCAGCACUCAAAAUGAUUACCGGCACCUAUUUCAGUCCAAGUCGAGCACUGGUCAUGGCGUUAAGGAGGCAGAACAGUACUUCCCCGGUACUGCUUUGCACUGUGGGUGGUGGGAGAGCACUCUGAGCACUGUUAGAGAUGCACCUACUGAUGUGUUUUACAGUAUUUGGUCUUGGUGGCUUUGUUUCUGUUCAGAUGUGAGAUUGUAUCCCCUAUGGUUCUGCUGGGGUGGUGGGGAUGUGUUUUUCUAUUGUUGUUGCUAUGGAAAUAUUAAGGUCAUGCUGCUUGCUGCCUUAUUGAGCUUUUGCCUGGUUCUCAGUAUGUACCAUAGUCAUCCAGAAAAGUACUGUACUUCAUUUAGUUUUUUAUAAGCUGAUUGACACCCAUCAUUUAGCUAACUGUUUUUACUCACAUCCUUCUCUGUCCAUCUCUUCCUGUUACACAUAGCUUUCAUACCAAUACCAUGCAUGUUUGUUCAGUGUUAACUCCAUUAUCAUUUAUUUUCAUGUUUCAUUAUAGCCAUUUGUCAUUUUCAUAUUGUAAUGUUGUAUUCCAUGUCACAAUGUGUUAAAAAAACAAUUGCAUGGAUCCAAAUGUUUUCUUAUGUAUUAAUGAUAUUGUAUGUUUUUGAAUCAUGCUUUUUUUCAUUUUGUGUUUUAACUCAUUAAAGACAUAAUAUAUUUAACUGUGUGGUGAUGUGAUUACCAUGAAUGUAGUAACUGUUGUCUGUGCUCUCUUGUCUUUUCAUCAGUUUAUAUGAAUAACCUACUUAGGGUGUACACACACCACACAUACAUCUGGCAUAGGCCUACAUAUUAUGGAAUACUUGUGCAGCAACAUGUAAGGUGAAGGUCUAAUCUGUGUGAGAUUUGUAUCCAGGGGUAUAGUGCAUGACUUUGGUAUCGACUCGGGUUUGGUGUUUGCCUGUGCUGUCCAGGUUUGUUCAGUAUUCAAGUACCAUGCUUAAACAAAUGAGGGUGGAUGGACUUAGUGUUUCUGACCUUAAUCUUUCCCUUCACUUGACACAGUGUUGACUUGUCUCUAAUGCCUUGUUUUCAAUCAUCUUAACAUUCACUUUUUCCUGUACUAGCCUACCUGUCAAUCCAUUGUUCUUGCUGAUGUCAAUUACAUAUUACAGGCAAUUCCAGUUCUACAGCACUUUAAAUUAUCCUUAUUGAUCACCUUAGCCUUUGUUCACUGUUACUGCUCUCCCUCCUUCUUCUUCUUCAGUCCUUCCAGAGCCUCUAAAUCAUCAGUCAAUAAUGUCUACAAUGCUGGUGGCAGUAAAUUGACUGCUCAUCCUCCUAUCGUAUUAUUGACAGGUGCUGGAGAACUAUAACAAAGGGAAGACGGCCCUGCUGUCGGCUGCUAAGGUAAUGGUGAGCCCAACCGAGGUGGACCUGAACCCAGAGACCAUCUUCAUGGCAGCCGCCCCCCCUCCUGCCUCCCAGCAGCCCACCCCAACCACCAAACACCGCAGGAACAGCAGCGUUCGGUUAGUCCACUGGGAUAUGUGUGGAGCCGUGGGAGGGUCAUGGCAGAGAUUGGAAAAAUGUAUGACUGACUGUGUAUAGUCAAAAUCUCAUGCAUUUGUACAGGUAACUGCCAAAAUAAUGGAAAUACUUGAGUAAAUUAAGGAUUCAAAGUAUAUUGAAAGCAGGUGCUUCCACACGUGUGGUUCCUGAGUUAAUUAAGCAAUUAACAUCCCAUCAUGCUUAGGGUCAUGCAUGAAAAUGCUGUACAGGUUGUUAUUUUUUACAAUAUUUUGGCUACCAUGGCUCUGCCCCCAUAGGAUGACAAUGCCCCUAUCCACUGAAUGGUUGAUGAGCAUGAAAACAAUUAUGCCAUGGCCGACUGUCACCAGAUCUCAAUCCAAUUGAACACUUAUGGGAGAUUCUGGAGUGGCUCCUGAGACAGUGUUUUCCACCACCAUCAACAAAAGAGCCAAUGAUGGAAUUUCUCGUGGAAGAAUGGUGUUGCAUCCCUCCAAUAGAGUUCCAGACACUUGUAGAAUCUAUGCCAAGGUGCAUUGAAGCUGUUCUGGCAGCUCAUGGUGGCCCAAUGCCUUAUUAAGACACUUUAUGUUGUUGUUUCCUUUAUUUUGGCAGUCGCCUGUAUGUUAUGUGCAAGAGUCUGCAAGAAUGUACCUUCACAGUUUGUUCUUCUAUGUGUUCAGAUAGAAGCUAAGCAUGACAGCAUUAACUCUACCACUGUACCUUUCUCCCAUGCACGCUCCUCGCUCUCUGACCCACAGUCAUUGGUCUGACUCCAGAUCAGUGGAAACGUAUGGUCGUACACAGUUCCCCCCUCGCCCCCCUCUGAUUUAGCCCCUGUAGAACAGAAGUAGUCUAUUGUCCUGUUAGUGAUUGUGAAGUGUAACCCUAACCUUAACAAUUUAUCCCCCUCUCCUACCUCUGUGCUCCAACCCCUCUCCUCUAUCACUCUGUCAUCUCUACUAUCUCUAAUACCCCCCUUUCUUUACUCUCAUCCAUCUUGUAUUAUUCCUACCAUAUUAUACUUUUUUCUUACUUGACCCCUUCCCAUUUCUGCCUCCAUUUUAUUUCUAUCCUAUUUUGAUUUCAUUACAUAAUGUUUCUCUUGUGACGGACCCAUUUUUUAAAACAAAUGUUUCUCUAUUUGGUGAAUAUGUUACCCCACCCUUCCUCCCUCCAAUCUCCCCCCUUUCCUUUGCUCUCCUCCUCUUCCCCUCCUUUCCUCCUCUCAGUUCCUGUGCUCGCUCUGAGAUAUCACUGGAUGGCUUUGCGGAGUGCCCCCCUCCCCCAGUGCCAGUGGUUCUGCGGGGGGCCAGGGAGCGCCUUACUGUGGAGCUGAGGGACCGCCACGCCCCCCUGGCCGUGAUGGAGAGCCUGUCAGACGCUGAGUCCCUCUACAGCCUGGACUCCCGACGCUCCUCAGCUGCACUCAGGGGCUCGCCCAUGCUGGGGUGCCUCCCCUUCCAAAUGAAUGCACCCAUCCCUGAGGAGAACCCCUCUCUCAGCUCCCGCACUGAGCUGCUGGCUGCCGACUGCCUCUACCAGGCCACCCCAGAGCACGAGCUGGGAGAGGCAGGACCUUACUUCACUCCUCUGGGGUCCGGCUCCACCCCAGACUACUCCAUGCGCCUCUCCCCUUCCACUCCGCACUACAGCGGCUACCACUCCCCAGCACCACUGGCCCAGAGUGUUAUAGGUCAGCCUUUCACACAAAAAGAGCCUUGUGCCGCCCCAUGCCAUCAAAUGCCUGGCGUUUACAGCCCGGGCAGCACCCCUAAUGCUCCCCUCAGCCCACAGAUCAGCCAUGGGGAGGAGGAGGGAGUAGAGGGAGAAGGAUGGGAAACCGAGACAGGAGAGUCACAGCCCUCCUCCUCCACUCCUCCAGCCCAGCUGUCCAACGGCAACCCUAGUCAGGCAGUGCUGGAGUUUGCACAGUACCUGGACUCUCUCUUCAGGCUGGAUGGCAGUGGCUCACCGCCUCUGGAGUUGUCUGACGGGGAGUCUGAGUCCGGUCGGGGGUCGUAUGGUCAGGGAGAGGGUCCAGGGGAAGAACAGAGGGGGGACGAAACACAGCUUCUGGCUCGGGCCACAAUGGAGCCUAACCUGGUCCCCAAGCCCCCCCGUACCUUUGCUGGAUCUGCUGACCCUUCCUCUGGCAUCUCCCUCUCACCCUCAUUCCCUCUUUCUUCCUCUGGUGAGCUCAAUGACCUCUCUCCCGCCGACGGAGCACCUCCUCCCACGCACUCACUACGAACCUCCAUUCCCUGUCCCCACCCUGAAGAAAACUCACUGGCGUCUAUGGUAUAGUGGCCCACUCAGUCUCUCCAUGACUCUUUCUCUCUCCUCUUUCCUUAUUUCGUUGCUGCAUCUAUCUGAUAUUAAAGUAUCACUGAACAUGCAUGCGAUGGAAUGCAAUCUGCUAUGCUGUUACAGUACCUUACAAAGACAUGACAUGGCAGACCAUAAUGAAUAAGACUGAGAUGAAAAACUCUUGUUCCAUUUUCAGGUGUCAAAAGCUGUGUAUAGCAUUUUCACUACUAUUGUAAUAAUACAUUUGAAUCUCUGUCUGCAUGCCAGGGGCCUGUGCUGCUUUGGGGUGAAUAGCCUCACCACUGACUGUCAUUCCAACACACACUAUCUCACUCACAUCAACACAUGGUAGCAUUACAGCCAUGCAGUGACGUGACUUUAUCAAAUGGGAGACAACUGAACAGGGAUGAGGAGGACUUAGUCACUAGGUAGGGUUUGCAUUGGCACAUAACCACAAUUAACGUACCCUCCUCCCUUAUCAGCUCCUAAAGCUUAUUCAUCUUUAAUAUCAGGAAAGUAAAAAAAACAGAGACAGAUGCUGAACAAUAGAGAGGAAAGAGAGAGAGAAGACGUUAUGGUUUGUUUCUCAGGUCUAUCAGGAAAUGACAGUGUGGAAGAGAAGGAGUGUAGAUCAUAGAUAAUUAAUGUGUCUUAAAACAGUGAUUGUGACAAAUGUUAAGAAUGUGGUUUUGGUCUUUGGUUGUCUUUUAUAGCAUGAGAAAGGUAGUAUCCAUUUUUUUUACAGAAAUCACUCGUCAGUCAGCAACUCUUAAUAACAUGCCGACCAUCUAACACACAUCAAAAUGCACAAUUUGCCCCCUUUUUGCCAAAUAAUGUAUUGCCAAAUGUAUUUAUAAGAUGUGAUAUUGUUUAUGUUUGUGAAAUACUGCAAAAUGUACACUCACACAAAACAAAGAUACAGGUUUCAAGUUUAACUCAGAGAGGAAGAAGAUACAUAUUGGUAUCGCUCCCUUUAAUAGCCAAUCAGUCUAUUCCCGUUCAAACUGUGUUAAAACGCCCUGAAGAGAAUGAGGAAGCUAUCCCUACAAUACUGCCAUGGCACAUAUCUCCCACAACAUGUCUCUCUCCAACAGUUUGUACCAAGCCAAUUAUGCUAUUAAAAAAACCAUGAUAUGCACUGUAGGAGAUCAUUCCUCUUAAAGGGGUCUUGCUGAGGUACACAAUUAUGUCAAUGACUUCUAAGUCUUUGUUUCCCUUUAAACUGGUUAAUCUCAAGCAUAUUGGGGUUGAACUGGAUGGGUUGUAGUGCCCACUUUCACUACAUUUUACUAAAAUAUGUGGCAAACAUAUUUAAUAUCAGUUGGGUUGUAUUGGUUGGAUCAAACAUACUACAUUAUUUAUUACUGUUGUUUCUUACUAUUAUUGCUAUUAUUGAUGGUAUUAUUAUCCUUAUUAUUACUCUUGUAACAGUUUGGUUUGCUUUCUAUGAGUUCGCUUUCAGUUGUUGGGAAAGUCUGAUUAAUUUCAGCCGACUCUCUCAAAAUAAGGGAAUAUCUCUGUGGGAAAAUAUCUCUGUCCAAGUGAAAAAGUAAUGGGGGUCAACAUCACAGGAGGUUGGUGGCACCUUAAUUGGGGAGGACGGGCUCGUGGUAAUGGCUGGAGCGGAAUUAGUGG